AUGUCUAGACAAAAAACUUUUAUCGAUAUUACCAUUGGAGGUCAAUCGAAGGGCCGUAUUGUAUUCGAAUUAUUCAAUGAUGUAGUACCAAGAACUACAGAUAAUUUUUAUCAUUUAUGUGCUGGUGAUGAAGGUAUGUGUAAAACUGAUUCAUCAAUUCCUUUAUCAUAUAAGAAUUCUAUCUUUCAUCGUGUAAUUCCGGAUUUUAUGUUACAAUUUGGUGAUUUUACUAAAGGCGAUGGAACAGGUGGUGAGAGUAUUUAUGGUGAAAAAUUUGAAGAUGAAAAUUUUACAAUGAAACAUGAUGAACCAUUCUUAUUAUCUAUGGCCAAUGCGGGCCCAAACACUAAUGGAUCUCAAGUGUUCAUUACUUGUGUCCCAACUCCACAUUUAGAUGGGAAACAUGUGGUCUUUGGGAAAGUAAUUCAAGGUAAAAGAAUUGUACGUUUAAUUGAAAAAAAUCAAACAGAUAAGGAAAAUGAUAAACCUAUUAGAGAAGUUAAAAUUAUUGAUUGUGGUGUCUUACCAAAUGAUUAUGUUGUACCAGAAAAUAUUGAAGCUACACCAAUGGAUGAAUUUGGUGAUAAUUAUGAAUCUUCAUUGAAGGAUGAUACUAAAGUUGAUUUAAAUGAUUUUAUAUCUGUAUUGACCGCAAUUGAAUUUGUUAAGAAUAUUGGUACUGAACAAUUUAAGAAACAAAAUUAUGCUACCGCUUUGGAAAAAUAUCAAAAAUGUGAUAAAUUCUUAAAGGAAUAUUUCCCAGAAGAUUUAGCUGAAGAACGUACCAAGAAGAUUGAAGGUUUAAAAGUUUCAAUCCCAUUGAAUAUAGCUUUAGUCGCCUUAAGAUUGAAAGAAUAUAGUGUCGUAUUAACUGCAAGUUCAGAAGUACUAUACGCUAAUGCAGCAGAUGAUCUUUCUAAGGCAAAGGCUUUAUACCGUAGAGGUCUAGCAUAUGCCGCUGUGAAGGAUACUGAUAUGGCUUUAGCUGAUUUGGAAAUGGCAGCUACAUUCCAUCCUCAUGAUGCAGGCAUUCAAAAGGCUAUUAAAGACACAAAGGAACAAAGACGUUCUCAAGUCGCAGAACAAAAGAAAUCUCUAUCUAAGAUGUUCUCAUAA